AUGAAUGAACUUAAAAAUCAACUAACCACUAUAAAUGGUAUCUCUUAUUGUCAAUGGCCAAUAUUUAUUUAUAAUUGUGUUGAUUCUGAUUAUUUUGUAGCCAUGUAUUAUGGAAAUCUUAUUACUUCUAUAAUUCUCUUUUUACUCUCUGGGAUUAUCCCUUCAAAUUUUGCAAUUCGAGAAUUGAUAGAAGAUGCUCAAUGGGUUUCCUCAGUACUUGCUUGUACUACUUAUUUGGCAGGAGUUUUUGUUGCUCUUCCAAAAAUGGCAUUCUAUCAACCAUCAUCAACACAAAUAACUAAAAAAUUAUAUCUUCCUUCUUCCCUUUUAAUUAAACGUUUUUAUUGGUCAUUUGUCAUAAUUCAAUAUACAUCAGUUCAAGCAUCAUCAUUUUUAACUGGUUUAUUUCGAAUGAAUAAUAAUUUCUAUUUAACUCGUCUCUUUUAUAUGAUUAGAUCAUUUUGUUAUGGAUCUGGAUCCUUUGUUUUAGUAUUAGGUUUUGGUAUAUAUGGAAGAUUACUUAUAAAUUUAACUAAACAAAGUUUUGAAUUAAUUCAAGGACAGGGAGGAAUUGUAGAAGCUUUUGGAGUUGAAUCUAAUAUAAAAGAUUUGGUGGUUGAUGAAAAAAAAGGGAUAACAAGAGUGAUCACGAGAAAAUUUCGAAUUUUAAAUAAUCAAGAAAAUAAAAGUGUCAUUGAAUUAAGAAAGAGAAGAUUUAGAUGGCGAAUAUGGAAGGUUUCAUCUUUCUUUUAUUGGUCAAUACAAUCAUUUAUUAUUGGUAUUUGGUAUGAUUGGGUUUUUUCAACUUUAUCAGUUUCUAAAAACCACGCAUUUACGGGUUGCGUUAUCACGACAACUACUGCUAUUAUUAUGAUGUUGGGAAUUUUAUUAAGUGAAUUGUUUAAAGAAGACACAAAUUCCACCACAGAAUUAAUGUUAUCUAAUAGUAAUAAUUUAUCUCAAUCCAUUUCUAUUGGAUAA